GAGGUCGUCAGCAGAGGGGAUUACGCAUUGUGAGAACCACGCGCGUUCGCUUCUGCUAUUGUGGCGACUGAAUUGCUUUCCAGUACCAGGGUAUUUAGUCAAGCAGAUUGUGUUUCUUUACACCUCGUGAUGAUCUCUCUUGACAGCGCUUGGUGAAGUGGCUCGAGGGACAGCAGCAUCACACAAACAGAGACAUGAGCAUGCAUACAAAACACCUCUUAACGAGAUGGGAUACAGCACUGCCGGGAUCAUGAAUUAUUGUGCUGUUGAAUGAAGAAUUGGUAGCACUGGAACAAGUGAUACCUCUUUCUUCUGUCCACAAACCAUGGGAAGUGUGGAGGAAACGCAUGGCUGGUCAGUAAAAAUGAGCGUGCCCAGUGUUUUGGCCAUGGUGACGGUCUUUUCUAUGAUUCCUGGCGGGGUACCGAGCGAUAUAAGAGGUACUAAGGGCUUGGAAGCCCAACAAAUGGCCCAGGGGUCCACUCAUCUGCACCGCCGCCUGAAGAGAGGCUGGAUCUGGAAACAGCUGUUUGUCCCCGAGGAGGAUCCCACUCUGCAAGUUAUUGGCCAGCUGAAGUCUGACUCUGAUCGAGGCGAUUUUUCCAUCAAGUACAUACUAUCAGGAGAAGGCGCCGGCGAAGCAUUUCAGAUAGAUGAGUAUUCUGGGGAGAUCCGGACACUGAAAAAGCUUGACAGAGAGGAAAAGGCCUUCUACGUCCUUCAGGCCCAGGCUAUCAACAGGAGGUCCAAUGAGCCAGAGGAACCCCAGUCUGAGUUCAUCAUCAAGGUCCAGGACAUCAAUGACAAUGUCCCCCUGUUCCAGAACGAACCGUAUGUGUCCAGCAUCCCUGAGAGGAGUCCAGUUGGGACCAGAGUGGCCCAGGUGACAGCCACAGAUGCUGAUGAUCCUAUGUUCGGAAACAACGCCAAGCUCAUCUACUCCAUCCUGCAGGGGCAACCCUACUUCGUUGUGGAGCCAAAGACAGGGACUAUUUUCAUCGACUUGCCAAACAUGGAUCGUGAGGCCAGAGAGGUAUACCAGGUAGUAGUGCAGGUGAAGGAUAUGCUGGGCCUGAGCGGCGGCUACUCCUCCUCCACCACCCUCACCGUCAGUCUGACUGAUGUCAACGACAACGGACCCACAUUCCAGCAUCACCUGUACACCUUUGCCGUCCCUGAAGAUGCAGCCUUGGGCACCACAGUGGGCAGAAUUAUGGCGGAGGAUGGAGACACCGGCAUCAAUGCCAGAAUGACCUACAGUUUGGAGGAUGACCUGGAGGAAAGCUCCACUUUUAUCAUCCAAACAGACCCGGUGACGCAGGAGGGAGUGGUUCUGCUGGCCAAGCCAUUGGACUAUGAAACUAAAAGACGUUUUGUCAUGGCAGCAGAGGCAGUCAAUGAUCACGUGGACACUCGUUUUCUGCCAUUGGAUGAGUUCACGGACAGGACGACGCUCAAGAUCAUUGUGGAGGACGUGGACGAGCCGCCUGUCUUCCUCUCUGCGCUGUACGAGUGGAAAGUUCCUGAAAAUGCAGCAGUCGGAACUCAGGUUGGCAGUGUUAGUGCUCGAGAUACUGACACAGUCAACAAUCUCAUCAGAUAUUCAAUUGACAAAAGGAGUGAUUCAACAAAAGCUUUCAAAAUAGACCCGAACAAUGGAACCGUAACUGUCGCUAAAGCUUUGGACCGAGAGACUUCAAAUUGGCACAAUGUUACUGUUGAAGCCAAGGAAACAACGCAGGACCAUUUAUCCUCCUCUGUGGUGGUGUUCAUCAAAGUGCUGGACAUAAACGACAAUGUGCCAAGGCUUGCGAGAGAUUACCAGCCAUAUAUCUGUGAGGGAACACAGGCGGGUGAACUCAUUCAGCUGCUCAAUGCAGUUGAUCCAGAUGACCCUGUGGAGGGGCACCACUUCUACUUCUCAAUGGUCCCUGAGAAGCACAUCAAUCCAAAUUUCACCAUCAGAGAUAAUCAAGACAAUACAGCCGGCAUUGUUGCACGCAGGAGUACUUUCACCCGCAAGGAUCGGACUCAGUACCUCCUGCCUGUUGUAGUGACGGACAGCGGCUCUCCAGCUCUCUCUAGUACCACCACUUUAACUAUCAGUGUGUGCAGCUGCCAGCCGGCCGGUCACUGUCCCACAGGAGGGGUGGAGGCCCUUGCGCUGUCUAUGGGGGUCAGUCUGCAGACCUUGAUCGGGCUUCUGGUCUGCCUGGUCACACUUACAGUGCUGUCAGUUCUAAUGCUGGUGCUGAGGAGACACAGGCGGAAGCAGCAGGAGGGCCUGGAGGUGGAGGUGAAGGAACUGGAGCUGCCCGAGACGGUGUCGCAGAAGGUGCUGUAUUACGGAGAAAAGGGGGGAGGAGGAGCAGACUUGAGCUUCUGCCAGCCUGUCGUCCCGCUGCGCCCUCAUCCCAGGAGGAAAGAGAGGAGGCUGAGGAGGGAGGACGUCAGAGCGAGCAUACGGAUGUCCCUCCGAGAAUCACACAUCAUCGGGCCGGAGGAUGAGGUCUUCAGGCAGUUUAUCCUAGACAGGCUGGCAGAAGCUGAUCAGGAUCCUUAUGUUCCCCCAUUUGACUGUCUGAGAACCUAUGCUUACGAGGGGUCAGGAUCUCCCACAGGGUCUCUGAGCUCACUGGAUUCAUCAGAGCUUUUACCAGAGCCACAAGUUUGUAAUCCCAGACCUUACUUAGUAAGACUCACCCCUUGGUACGCGGGUGUAGAGGAGGACACCGUCUUUUGAAAGGGUUUCGACUUGAAUGGCCAUUCCUCCAUCAAUCUGUUCUCCUCUUUUUCCAGUCUUUAUGCUAAGCUAAGCUAACAGGCUGGUGGCUGUAGUUUCAUAUUUACUGUACGGAUGAAAGAGCGCUAUCAGUAUUCUAACAUUACUCGGCAAAUUGGCAGUGUAUUUCACAAGAUAUACAAUCCCCCUUUGACGCUAUGAUCAACACGGAUAUACAACAAAUCUCUUUGUUUAUAGAUUAUGUUUGCUCUGUUAAAGCAUGUGAUAUAUAAUUGAGUAUAAGAAAAUGUAUAAGUAUUUAAGCUUAAUAUUAAAGAUCAGAUUUGAUUUUAUCUCAGUGCCUCAACUCCAUCGGUCUACCUUUCCCAAGUUGACAAAAAAGUUACAUUGGGUCAGUAAGUGCCAACGUUGAGCUUCAAAAGAAGACGACACUGAGAUUUCUUCCAUUUUUUACACACUCUUUUUACAGUCUAUAGUUGCACUGGCCAAAUUUCAGCAAGGAAUAGGUUCCUGGGGACACUGUUUGUUGGAUAGGCAUAAAGCAUUUUACUGAAGGAUACUGCAAGAGGGAUGGAAAAUGGUGACACUCCAGGAGAUUACUAUAGUGCUAGUUCUAAGCAAGCGGCAACCUCCGGUCUAAAAAUAUGAGUCCAAUGCGGAAGUGCUAAAAGCUGCAGUUCAUCGAGGAUCCACUUGAGGCUGGCUCUGGAAGUACUGGAAGUCACAUACGCAUGAAUGGGAAAAAGCCGAUCUUUACAGCAGAAAUAAACAUGUCUACAGCCUGGUACAAAAGAUUAGUGUAGUCUGGAUAGCUCAUGUCUUGAUCGGCUCACACUGUAGGGGGGUACAUUUUUUUCAAAUGCGGCAAUUUCAAAGAUAUUGAGAUUACGAGUCUUCCAAUGAGAGGCACAGCUGACUGCGGGAACACUGUAGCUGUUGACUAGGAGGUUCAAACUCCGCCUCUUUACGUCACACUGGCUCCACAGCAGCAAUAUGGCUGCCGCCGACGAUUGGCCUCAAAACAGCUUUUCAGAACAGAUGGUUGACGUCCCGGAUACUACGUCCAUCUUUUAUACAGUCUAUGGUUCUAUAAGCUGACAAAACUCUGUAGCCAGCUCAGGUGAAUGAUGAUGGGCAGAGCACACUAUAGGCACUGCCCCCACUCUGUGUAUCCAACAAUUUCUUUCAUACUUGGAUGUGACCUCCCAGUUCUGGUUUCCCAUUCAGUUGAGCAGGUUUACACAUUGAUGUCUAAAGUGAAACACAAUCUGUCUACGGCACACAUCUUCACUAUACAGAUGUCCCUGCUGCUGUAUUGACCCUGUUACAUCCCCUACUCCUCUACACUGCCCCUACUGUUCAUGUGCAUUCUGCAUCUUGCAACCACAUCUGUGCAUAUUUUGAGGACAUGCACACAGGGGCGUGUCCAAAAGUUGCGCACCCAUGUAGCAGGUGGCCCGAGUUCGAAUCCAGCCUGUGGCCUCUUUCCUGCAUGUCAUUCCCCAACUCUCUCCCAGUUUCCUACACUAUCCACUGUCCUCUCCUCUAUAAAAUAAAGGUCAACAUAGAGUGGCAAUACAUCAAUCCUUUGAGACCAGUUCUUUAAAGACUUAAAAAGAAUGUCGAAAUUCACAAUUGAAGCCACUGACGAAGGAAAAUGUGCUACACUUACAUACAGAAAAGCAACUUCCAACCUGUUAACACUUCCUGAGUAGUCCAUUUUAACGUGAACAGUCCCACCUCUGACAAUGCAAAUGGCCAAUCAUAGCUUAGGAUUUAGGGGUGGCACCCCUUUACAAGGAGGGCCAUGUCACCCCUUCCACCUCUCUGGACACGGCCCUGCAUGCCAACAUGCCUUGCAGAUGCAGGACUUGCAUAGCAGCAGUCAUGCACAUGCUAGUUGAAAGCAAGUUUAUCUCCAGCUUAUUAGAGCAACCUCUUAACAAUGCACAGUAGAUGCAUUGUUACUUUGAAAUAAUAACUGUUGCAGCUUUUCCAAGGUCGAUUAAGCAUUGACUUAAUGAGACUUUUCAACAUAAAUACUUGAAGCAGUGUCAAAAGUCUUUAAUGCGACCCAACCACAAGGUUAAGGUAGAGCAAAAUGCCCCGUUCUCUUAGCUGGAUGAAACCUUUGUUUAGAGUUGGCUACAGAGUUUACUGUACGCUGUAUCCAUGCCGGACCAACAUUAAGAAUUAGCACCAGGUGUCAGGUUUGUUAGGACACAACUUUUUAAAGCCACGUUCCCGUAUUAAGGUAUGGUGAGUUUUAUCAGAGAGCAAAAACAAUGGAGGUCAUUCUUUAUAACUGUAAUGUGUCAGUUCUCAUCCUAAAUGCCUGCAGUAUUAACGACCUGUGAAAUGUAUAUUUCUGACUCUUUUUGUAGUAUUCACUUUUUACAGUGUUAACAUUUAUAACUGUUAUAUUGGCUCCUAUCUGUUCUGUGUAUUGUAUUUUAUACCAUGAAAUGAUAUAAAUUAAUGUAUACUUA